AUGGUAAACACUACACAAUCAAAACUUAGUUCUAAAGAUACCGCGAAGUUGUGUGCAGAAUAUUUCUUGUGUGGAUUUAAAGAUGCUUUUGCUUGGCCUUCUAGUUUGAUCACUAUAUACGGAAACAAGGACGAUGUUAUAUAUGCACCAUUCGUAACAGAUACUAUCGUAGCAUUAACAUAUCAACUGUUUUGGGUAUAUCCAAUUUUUCUGCUUAGUUUCGUGUUAAAUGCUAUGUGGUAUCAAGAAAUUGCGGAUCAUGCUUAUCAAAUACAUCAUGGGCAACCAGUAAAUUCACAAUGGACAUAUAAUCGAGCGCUUCGGCUUAUAGCUGAUGAGAUUUAUCGAGCAAUUUUAUUCAUGAAUUAUUUGUUUUUUGCUACAACAAUAUAUAUUUUACCCAUCGUUGGACCAAUUAUUUCUUUCAUAUAUUUUUGCUGGAUAUACGCUUAUUAUAGUUUCGAAUACAAAUGGGUCAACCGAGGAUGGAAGUUGGAACAACGAAUUCAAUAUUUUGAAGAAAAGUGGGCUUACUUUGCAGGAUUUGGUUUCACCUUUACAAUUUUGACAUUUUUUGUUGAUCAAUUUUUGAGUGCUGGAGUAUUCGCGCUCUUUUUUCCACUUUACAUCAUUAUGGCCAAUAAUGCGAGCCCAAUGCCAAGAAAGGAUGAACGAGCGCGAUUUUCAUCAUCAAUGCCAUACAGGUUACCAGUGUUUUGGGUGGCAAGAAAACUUAAUGAUAAAAUAAUAACUUGUUUUUCGUAG